AUGGAUCAAUUGAGGCAGAUCAUCUCCUUAGUCCAGCUUAUCUACAACCAGUGUGAAGAGAUGAAAUACUGCCAGAAACAGUGCUGGCAUCUAAGAAGCCAUGUCCAUGGCCUGCUGCAGCCUCUGCAAAUGCUCCAGGCCCAAGGAGAGAGGAACCUGCCCACCGAGAUAACCACUGCCCCGAAACGUUUCCAGGCUGCCCUAGAGGAAGCUAAGGAGCGGAUAGAUAAGUUCAGCAAUAAAUAGAAGUUUCUAACAGCAGGGCAUGACAGAAUACUCUUCAGUGGAGUGAACAAGAGGCUGAGAGAUGUCUGGGAGUUCUCACUGCUGCUUCAGGUGGAUCAACGGAUGCAUAUUUCAAGCAUCAGCCCAGGAGCAUUCUGGCAACAGGAAGAUCAAUAGGACGCAGAGGAAGACAGGAAGGUUAUCCAAGGACUGAGAAGUGCAUACUUUGCUGCUAACAGCUCAUGGCCGCCAUCUGCAGAGGAAUAUCCAUGGGCGCUGGAGCCCCUUGGCCCUGAGAGGCUGCACCAUUCGGAAACACCUGCAGAACUCCACAGAAACAUCAGCAGCACGAGCUUCCUGGUGACUAAAGACUGCGACGUGAAGCUUGCAGGAUUUGAGUAGAAAACACAGACUUCCAUCAGCUGACCAACUAAAGGAAAAGAAGCAGAGAGAGUCAAUUCUGCCGCAUACAUCUCACCUCAGAGACUGGAAAAUGUGUUUAAUAAAUAUGACAUAAAAGCUGAAAUAUACAGCUUUGGAAUCGCCCUCUGGGAAAUCGCCACUGGGAAAAGCCCAUUUGAAGGCUGUGAUUCCAAGAAGAUCUACCAGCUGGUGGCUGUGGACCGGCACCAGGAGCCAGUGGAUAAAGAUUGCCCUUCACAGUUGCAGGAGAUCAUUGAUGAUUGCUGUGCAUAUGAGCCCUCCAGGAGGCCCUGUGUUAAAGGUAGGGCUUUUUCUGGUCUAAAGAGCAUGGGCCACAUGUGUUACUUAACAUUUGUGAAAGAUUUUCCUUAUGUAUCACAACCAGGGGUUGUUUUGCCCUUCGGGGGACAUUUGGCAAUGGCUAAAGACAUAUUUGGCUGUCACAACUCAGGGGAGGUGGGGUGGGGUGGACAUGCCAUUGGCAUCUAGUGGAUAGAAGCUUCUCAACAUCCUACAAGGCACAGGACAGCCCCCUACAACAAAGAUUAUCCGGCCCAGAUAUCAAUAGCACAGGAGUUCAGAAACCCAACCCUAAGGGCAUUGUUUAGUCUAAAGUUGGGUUGCGAAGGCAGAUUACUCCAGCCUAUAUUCUUUCUCUCCCUUCCUUCUCUUUUAUCAGCAUCCUGGGGGUAAUUUCCUCUACUCAGACUUUUUUUUUUUGCGGCACGCAGGCC